CCUCUAGGUAUGGAUUCCACUCCCACUGCGUGGCCAGUCGUUACUGGCAGCUGAUUGCAACAAGAUCGAAUUGAAUCGAACUGAAUCGAAAGAUGUGCCGAGCCCUGGACUUGUGCUGCGGCCUUUUGUCGCUGAGUUCCUUUAUUGCCUGCUUUGGUGCCCUCCACAUGCUCAACAAGAUUGUGCACAUCCACGGGGAUGCAGCCGUUCAUGUGGCUGUGCGUGUGCCGGACGAUAGCUCGGAGCGCUGCAGCAGGACCAUAAUUGUGGACAACAUUCAGGUGCCGCAUCUCACCUGGCUGGAGCUCUUCUAUAUGCGCUGGACGAUGGUGCUGACCAUGUUCUAUUCGUUUGUUAUCAUGAUUUUGAUUCGGGCCAAGUACGUGAGCCACUUUCAGAUCAACCAGGUCACCACCAAUGGGAUGAUGCUUGUGGGCACUGUCCUGGCUGUCAUUCUGCUCAUCUCCACCGUGAUACUCCACGAGCGGACGCCCUUUGUGGAGGUGUGGUGCAACAACAUUAUCGUCUACUAUCUGUACUUCGUUGACCUCAACACCAUUGUGGGCGUCUUCUACUUCAUUUACACAUCCUGCUACCUGCCAGCGGACGUUGGCGACGGGUACGAGGAGCCGGCAUUGCUUAUGUGAACCAAAUAGUCGACAUCAAACUUAUUUUUCCAAAACAAAAAAACAAGUAAAAUGUUGCCUAAAUAAAAUGCAUUUAUUCUACUCAUA